CUUGAAUUUCAUACGCCGAUCCGUCAAUACAAUCCCAAAUGGAAGAAGCUCUAAUUUUCUUUUUAAUUACCAGAUUGUGUUUUACAGUCGAUUUGUAUCGGAAGUCACGGGACUAAAUUUCGCAAGCGUUGGAACUCGAUUCUCGAAUAUCAGCUAAAGCCAUGGGUACAUAAGCUCUCUCUGCGUGCAACUUCAGCACGAAUCUGUCAAGUCUCAGGAGCUUUCUUCCCCGGACGUGUCAAUAAACUACAGACUUAUCUACAUUAUUUGAUUUGACAAUGAAUUCCAUUCCUGUUCUGCUGGUACUUCUUGGCGCGUUUGCAGAAAUAGUCUUCAGCGCGCCGGCACGAGACGAGGACCUCGUUUACACAACCAUAGACUGUCCUGUCGGUAUAUGGGUCUGUCAAAAGCGGAGAAGUGAGAUCGCGCAGCCAGUCAGGAGGGAGCCGAGGGUGGACUGCCCCCCCGGUGUGUGGACAUGCCAAAAGAAACGAGAGGAAGCUCAACAAGAGCCACUAGCACCAGAAGCAAUUCCUGAGAAUGCCGUGGAGUCUGACGCGGAUAACCUUUGCCCGCCCGGCGUAUGGACUUGUGGGAGCAGCGGCCGUAAAAAGCGACAGGCAGAGAUGCCCGCCCCAGUUUCCACCGUCCAAGAGGAAACCGAGAGGAGCAUCAACAUGUGUCCGCCUGGGAUCUGGGUCUGCGACAGGAAGAGAGAGCUCAAGCGACAGAGGGAGCAGAGAAGGCAAGCUGCGAUGGAAAAGCUUGAUCUAUCAGCUUUCAAGAAGGUCAAAAAGCCUUGUCCUCCGGGGAUUUGGGUUUGCUAGAAAACAUGGAAUGUGGAAGUGGAAUUGGAUCGAUCCAAAGGAAAUCACUGACAGCCCGAACGCGCGCGAAAAAAGUUACGUAACAGCAUACUGAAAAAAAAAACAAGAACAAAAACAAAGGAAAAACCCACAGAGGUUAAAGACAAAGUAAAGAUAAUAUUUCAUUGAAUAAACCGAUUGUUUAGUACGAGGA